UGAAAAUAGUAGAACUAUCAGUAUUGACGCAUAACCAUUGGAGAUGCCAGACCUGACGGAGGACGAGGACACGACGUCGCGCUUCCUGGCCAAGUACGGCGUGGCCAAGCUGGCCGAGCAGUGGAGCCUGUCGCCGGAGGUGCGUGCUACGCUGGCCAAGCUAAAUAUUCGCUCGUUCUUCCCCGUACAGGCUGUGGCCAUCCCGAAGAUCCUAGCCAGUGACAGCGACCGCGUGACGGAUAUCUGCAUCUCAGCGCCAACAGGUAGCGGUAAGACGCUCACAUACGUGGUGCCCAUCGUUCAGCGCUUAUUGCCGCGCGUUGUAUGUCGCGUGCGAGCGCUCAUCGUUUUACCCAGUCGUGACCUGGCCGUGCAGGUACACCAGAUCGUACAGCAGUUUGUCCAGGACACACCGCUUAAGUGUGGGCUGGCCAUCGGCCAAAACAACUUUGCAGCAGAGCAAGCCGCCCUGGUGGGCGCUGUUUCAGGGGCCAGGGUGGCCUCUACGACUGAUGGAGGACACAGCUUGGUGGACAUUCUGGUGGCCACCCCGGGCCGUCUAGUUGACCACCUGGAACAGACGCCAGGCUUCACGCUGCAGCACCUGCAGAUCAUGAUCGUCGAUGAGGCCGACAGACUACUGAACCAGUCGUACCAGGACUGGAUCCCCAAGGUAUACGCAAGUGUCUUCAACGGCCAGGAGGUGGACGAGGACGGUCUGGCCGUUGGCGUCGGCGUCACCUGCCGCCGCCAAGAUUCCAUCAACAGACGCCGCAUCCGUACGCCGCUCACACGAGUAUUACUGUCUGCUACAUUGACACGUAACCCGAGAAAACUGGCGGCCAUUGGUAUGAGCAAUGCUGAGCUGACCAAGAUCGGCCGCAUUGACGAUCCGCUGGCCGAUAACGCCAAACAGGGCACUGCCGGCGAUUCGGACGAUGAGGAUGAAGACGGCGACGAAGCUUCUGGAGCUGCGAAUAUGUACUCGACGCCAACGAAUUUGGAUGAAUACUGGAUCGAGUGUGACACUGGAUCGAAGCCGCUGGUGCUGUUGGAGCUACUGAGCGAGUUUGCAGGAUCACUGUCCAUUAUCUUCACGGCCAGUGUGAACUCUACGCAUCGUCUGGCCCGAUUGCUCCAAUUGUAUUCUACCGACCCUGAGCGUAUUCGUGAGUUCUCCAGUAGUCUUUCGCAGAAACAAAGAUCGGCCUUGGUUGCUGACUGCAAAGCUGGACGUGUGGAGACAGUCGUGUGUUCCGACGCAAUGGCCCGUGGUAUGGAUAUCGAGGACGUCGCGAACGUCGUGAACUACGACGUGCCGUCGUUCAUAAAGACCUACAUCCACCGUGUGGGUCGUACAGCUCGUGCUGGCCGUCAUGGCCGUUGCGUGACGCUCGUGAAAAUGGGUCAGAUGAAGGGCAUGAUGCGUAUGCUCAAGAAGGCCGACAAUAAUAAGCUGAAGCCGUACCCGCUCCAACAGGAGCACAUGAAGACGCUGGUGCCUCGCUACACUGAUGCUUUACAACAGCUUAAGGACACACUCGAAGCAGAGAAGGCUGGCAAGCUCCAGGCCACCUCUAUUCUUCGCAAAAACAAGAUCACUACAAGUGAGCGCAACAACGAUGACGUUGCAGAGGAGGGGAAUUUGGAUGAGGAAGUUGUUACUGCAGACAAGAAGCGAGCGUUCUCGGUGCUAAACGCGCAGCUGGAGCGGAACUUGGGACACAGAAAAGUGCGCAAGGAGUGACCAACCAAUCACCUAGAUAGAUAGAGUACCAACAUGUUGCAGCUUUAAUUCUAUGCCGACGUCUGCACCUCAGUAUCCGUCUGUGGAGGUGAUUCAUCCUUCUCGUCUUGUCGACGUUUCUUGCUGGGAAUUGACGGUUCACCGCGCUC